GCUGUUUUGCUUGGAGCCGCCAUAUUGUCAACCCAGAGACGCUGAGAGUUUCCAAUACCACAGUAGUACAGAAGCUCUACCCACCUCCCUAUGUCCCCUCUCCUUAAAUAGGCAUAUUCGUCAGGAAAAUCCCAGGCCACGAAUGUGGCCUUAAUUUGAAAGGAGACGCGGGGGUUGGGUCGCACAGCCUGUGUUCCUUCGUUAUCAACUCCUGCUGAGCCAUUGCGUUGCUCCUGAUUGCUUGCACCGUUGUACCUGCUGCAGGAAAGUCCUUUAACAGGUGCUCCCGGAAUAACACGUUCACCUCUGUGUUGAGAAUAUGUCGGGACCAGUUCCGAGUCGAGCCAGGGUUUACCCUGAUGUAAACACACAGAGACCUCGGGAGUACUGGGACUACGAAUCGCAUGUCGUUGAGUGGGGAAACCAAGAUGACUAUCAGUUGGUGAGGAAACUGGGCCGAGGCAAAUACAGUGAAGUGUUUGAAGCCAUUAACAUCACAAACAAUGAAAAAGUAGUUGUCAAAAUACUUAAGCCAGUAAAAAAGAAGAAAAUCAAGCGAGAAAUUAAGAUCUUGGAGAAUCUCAGAGGGGGUCCCAACAUAAUCGCUCUCUUAGACAUCGUCAAGGAUCCUGUGUCUAGGACACCAGCCCUGGUCUUUGAACAUGUAAACAACACAGACUUUAAGCAAUUAUAUCAAACGUUAUCAGACUACGACAUUCGGUUCUACAUGUACGAAAUAUUAAAGGCCCUUGAUUACUGUCACAGUAUGGGAAUCAUGCACAGAGAUGUCAAACCGCACAAUGUCAUGAUCGACCACGAACACAGAAAGCUUCGUCUGAUUGACUGGGGUUUGGCGGAAUUUUACCAUCCUGGCCAGGAAUACAAUGUCCGAGUCGCAUCCAGGUACUUCAAAGGACCGGAACUACUGGUGGACUACCAGAUGUAUGACUACAGUUUAGAUAUGUGGAGUUUAGGUUGUAUGCUGGCCAGUAUGAUCUUCAGAAAGGAACCUUUUUUCCAUGGACAUGAUAACUAUGACCAGCUUGUAAGAAUUGCUAAAGUCCUGGGCACCGAAGACUUGUAUGACUACAUUGACAAAUACAACAUUGAACUAGAUCCUCGGUUUAAUGAUAUUUUGGGCAGACAUUCCCGUAAAAGGUGGGAGCGCUUUGUACACAGUGAGAACCAGCACCUGGUGAGCACAGAAGCUCUGGAUUUCCUUGACAAACUGCUUCGCUAUGAUCAUCAAGCACGCCUCACAGCCAGGGAGGCCAUGGAGCAUCCUUAUUUCUAUCCAAUAGUAAAAGACCAGGUGAGGAUGGGCUCCUCAUCAGCAAUGUCUGCUGGCAACACCCCAGUUAGUUCCUCCAGUAUGAUGGCAGGUAUUACAUCGAUGUCUUCGUCGCAGCCUCUUGGUAAUCUCGCUGGAUCUCCUGUCAUUUCCUCUCCGAAUACGUUGGGAGCACCAAUCCCAGCUGCCACAGGAGCGCAGCCUUGAACUCUGACCUCUGAUUAGCGUGACAAGGCCCACCACGUCAUACCUUUUUUCAUGUACUUAUGUGGGCCAGCCGGCAGCCCGCCAGUCCUGCGCUCAGUGAAGGUGUUCGGUGCUCUGGAAUUUAUUUUUAUUAUGUUGAGUAAAAGAGAAAAGCAAACACAUUAGGUUCUUUUUUUUUUUUUCCCGUACAAUAAUUAUAUAUUGCAAUACGGACACACAACAGAUAUUUGCUGCGUCUGUGUCUGGAUUAAAUGUAGCUGCGUUUUUUCAUGAUGAUGGUGUUUAGAAAUGCAACUACUACAAUGUAGAAAUUAAAAGAAGAAAAAAAAUGGAUAAUAAAAUUAAUUUUAUAUGUCCUUAAAGUACAUCCUUGUUGGAGGCUGUUUACUACAAGUUUGGAUGUUCCCAAUAAAGUUCCCUUUUAACAAUGA